AUAACAUUGCAUUAGUGGUGUUAUUCAGUUGUAUUAAGCACUGGUUUAUGUCGUUAGUAUUUUAUUUACGUACUACUUGUGUUAGCAUGACAUUGCCGUUUAAACAGGAUGCUAUUUUGUCAGCUAAGCUAGUUGGCUGGCCUCAUUUGUUUACAUUAGCUAGUAGAUCCAGCUGGUUGGUUUUAGUCAGGAAACACCUUUAUCUCUGUCGUUUUAACAGGAUCCCUUUUAUCUGCUACAUGAGUCGUUAAACCGAAACACAUUUAUGAUGAGAAACUAUCAACAAAUAUAUUUUCUAGAAUGAUGGCAGUCAAGUAAGAGGAGGGAUGAGGGUCUUUGGACCAGCAGAGCUGGUCGCAGGUCUCUGUCAUACAGACGAGAAGAAUCCUUUCCCCGUGUGGCAGGAUGGACACGUCAGCCCCUGUUUCAACCAACUGGUCCUCGGAGUCUUGCCUCAUGCAGGGAUGGCUAUUUUCAGUGCCUGCUACAUCAGCAUGUCAAGCUGCGACCUCCUCCGGUCGUCUCCUCCCUGUGGUUGGACACUCCGGUGGGUGUCGGCUCUGCUGGCCGCGCUGCUCUUCACCGCAGAUGUCGUCCUGGCGAGCUUCCUCCAGCGGACGGACUUGUACCUGGACGUCCUAGCUGACGGCAGUGCCACCCUGGCCUGGCUGGUCCACUUCGGUGCCAUCACGGUGCUCCAGAGGACAGCUUUCAGGAGAACCAGAGGACCUCCUCUGCUGCUGCUGCUGGUUCUUCUGUCUGUCCCAAACGUGGCCAUCACCUUGUGGAUUUACUGCGACAAUCAGGAAUAUUUGAACCUCACAGAACCUCUUGAACUGGCUCGUUUUGUGCUCGCCUCAGCCCGCACGCUCCCCCUUCUGGUUUACAUUCUGGCAUUUGCAUUUCCCUGCGUCACUGAUGCUAGAUACACUCUGUAUAUCAACGCUGUGGAUGGAUCCCCACUUGUCCCAGAGAGCACCCAACCGGAAACAGGUGAGAUGGUGGCCGAGGACGGGAGUGGUGGCGUCUCUCGGCUCUUCUACCUGUGGUUGAACCCUCUCCUCAGACGGGGGCAGCGAGGCGAGCUGGACAGGCCAGCUGAUGUUUAUCACCUCCCUCGGAAACUACGGACUACUGUGGUGUGCCGGUACUUCCACCAGUGCUGGGAAGCCUGCCGACGCGGGGCAGCGGUCAGUAACGGACAGGAUCCGUGGCCCAGGCCGGUCAGCCGGAACCUCCUGAACGGCAGCUGGAGUUACCAGGAGGAACCGCUGGAGCUGGAGGGGGAUGUAGGACUGCUCAGGGUGCUGCACAAGGCGUUUGGGUUGCGUUACUACGUCCUCGGUGCGCUGAAGGUGGCGGUCAACAUGCUGAGCUUCGCAGGGCCCCUGCUCCUUAGCAGUCUGCUAAACUUUAUGGAGGACAGGGAAGCUCCUGUGAGCUGGGGUGCCUGGUGCGCUCUGGGGCUCUUUGCCUCCACCCUUCUCUCUUCCUUCUUGCAAAACAUCUUCGUCUUUGAAGUCUCCAAGGUGGCGCUGUCAGCACGCGCCGCCCUCGUGUCGGCCAUUUACGGCAAAGCCCUGCAGGUCAGCGGCAGCAGCCUGGCCGGCACCACGAUGGGAGAGGUGGUGAACCUAAUGAGCACGGACACCGACCGCGUGGUCAACUUCUGCAGCAGUUUCCACGAGCUGUGGAGCCUUCCCUUCCGGUUUGUUAUCACCCUCUAUCUGCUGUACCUGCAGGUGGGCGUGGCUUUCCUCGGAGGGCUGGGCGUGGCUCUGCUGCUGGUGCCUUUCAACAAGUUCCUCGCUACACGUAUCCUUAGCAACAACCAACAUAUGCUCAGGCACAAGGACAGCCGCGUUAAGUUAAUGACGGAGAUCCUCUUUGGCAUUCGCAUCAUCAAGUUCUACAACUGGGAGCCUCAUUUUACGCAGAAGGUCUCCGACUGUCGUAAACAAGAGCUGUCCCACCUCAAAGCCCUCAAGUACCUGGACGCCAUGUGUGUUUACACCUGGGCUGCUCUCCCCGUGGUCAUCUCCAUCCUCACCUUCGUCACGUACGUGCUGCUGGGAAACCAGCUGACUGCAGCCAAGGUGUUCACCACGCUGGCUCUGGUGGGAAUGUUGAUCAUCCCACUCAACGCUUUCCCCUGGGUGCUCAACGGCAUCCUGGAGGCCAAAGUGUCUCUGGAUCGAAUCCAACGCUUCUUCAAACUGACCAACCAGGAUCUGCAGGCGCACUACGCCCUCGUGUCUCCUGAGGACAGUCAGACGUCGAUCCUGUUGAGCCAGGGGACAUUUUCCUGGCAGGGGCCCGACGGUCCCAACCAGAAGAAAGAGGGAGAAACUGAAACUGGAGCCGCUGAAGGGAGUCUGCUGCUGCACGGUCUCACUCUCCACAUCACCAAGGGCUCUCUGGUUGUUGUGGUGGGGAAGGUCGGCUGUGGGAAGAGUUCCUUACUGGCUGCUCUCACUGGAGAACUCAACAGGAGGAGUGGAGUGGUGUAUGUCGCAGGCAGAGAGGCCGGCUUCGGUCUGGCGUCUCAGGAGCCGUGGAUCCAGCAUGCAUCAGUACGGGACAACAUCUUGUUUGGCAAAGACUACGAUCCCGUCUUCUACCAGGCUGUGAUACAGGCCUGCGCUCUCUCAGACGACCUCAACGUUUUGCCAAAUGGUGACAAGACAGAAGUGGGAGAGAACGGAGUGACCCUGAGCGGAGGACAGAAGGCUCGACUAGUCCUCGCCAGAGCUGUUUACAUGGACAAAGACAUCUACCUCCUCGAUGAUCCGCUGGCAGCGGUUGAUACCGAUGUGGCCGAACACCUCAUGAAGAGAUGCAUCAUGGAGCUCCUCAGGGGGAAGACCAGAAUCCUUUGCACACACCGCAUAGAGUUUGUCGACAAGGCCGACAUGGUCGUCCUCAUGGACAAUGGAACCAUCGUCAAAACAGGCACACCAGCAGAAAUCCUUCCUUUGGUCGAGGCCAUGCCGAAGAAACGGAAGAAUGACCACAACGUGAAAGAGAAAGAUGGCGUGGAGCAGGAGGAGGAGGAGCCGGGUUUAUCUCCUGAUCUGUGUGUGGAUGAUGACCCCAACCUGUCGGGGGCGGAGCAGAAGCAGAUGGGCGGGCUGGCGUGGAAAGUUUACCAAACCUACUGGGUUGCUGUGGGCGGAGUGCUGGCCGCCUCCAUCCUGAUGUCUCUGCUCCUCAUGCAAGCCUCUAAGAACGUUUCCGACUGGUGGCUGUCUCACUGGAUCUCCGAGCUGAAAAACAACGGUUCCACUACAACAAAUGUUUCUUCCUCCGCUGCCUUCAGCUCACCUCACCUGCUUCUCUUCUCACCUGUAGGGUUAAUAUCUCCUCUGUCCUCACUGCAAACGUUCACUUCAAGCAACAUGAGUUCAGAUGUCAAGUUUUACCUGACGGUGUACGCCUCCAUUGCCACGGCCAACACCGUCUUCACCGCCCUCCGAGCCUUCCUGUUUGCCUACGGAGCCAUCUGUGCCGCCACAGCCAUCCACAACAGACUUCUGGACCGGGUCCUAAAGGCCACAGUGUGCUUCUUCGACACCACCCCGAUGGGUCGCAUUCUCAACCGUUUUUCUUCGGACCUGUACACUGUGGACGACAGCCUGCCGUUCAUCCUGAACAUCCUGCUGGCCAACGUUUUCGGUCUGCUGGGCAUGCUGGUGGUGAUAAGCUACGGCCUCCCUUGGGUCCUCGUGCUUCUUCUGCCCCUGGCUCUGGUCUACCACCGCACGCAGCACUUCUACCGACACACCUCCCGGGAGCUGAAGCGCCUGUGCAGCAUCACUCUGUCGCCCGUCUACUCGCACUUCUCUGAGACGCUGACUGGGCUGGGAACCAUCCGGGCCAGCGGCAGCUCUGCCAGGUUUGAGGAGGAGAUCGCCAGGCGUCUGGAGCAGAACCAACGCUGCCUGUUCCUUAGCAACGCCACCACACAGUGGCUGAGCAUCCGCCUGCAAAUGAUUGGUGUUGCUGUGGUGACCGGCCUUGGGGUGAUCGCUGUUGUCCAGCACCAGUAUAAUUCUGUCGAUCCAGGUCUGGUGGGUCUGUCCCUGUCCUACGCCCUGUCCAUCACAAACCUGCUGUGUGGCCUCAUAUUCAGCUUCACCCAGACUGAGAUGCAGCUGGUGAGCGUGGAGAGGACUGAGGAGUACUCCACCGGCCUUCCCACCGAGCCACAGCACCAGAACACACAGCUUUCCCCGGCGUGGCCCGAGCAGGGCUGGUUGGAGUUCCGCGGCGUGGUUUUGGUCUACAGGGACGGUCUUCCUAACGCCCUGGACGGGGUGAGCUUGGUAGUGCGACCUGGGGAGAAGGUGGGCAUUGUGGGACGCACGGGCUCCGGAAAGUCCACCCUGUUCCAGGCUCUGUUCCGUAUGGUGGAGCUGAACCGGGGUCAGAUUCUCCUGGAUGGGCUGGACAUCAGCUCCGUGGGCCUGUCUCAGCUCAGGUCCAGGCUGGCCAUUAUUCCUCAGGACCCCUUCCUGUUCAGCGGGACCAUCAGGGAGAAUCUGGACCCGUGUGGGCGACACUCAGACCAGCAGCUGCUGGACGUCGUAGACCAGUGCCACCUCAGCUCUGUGGUCAACAGGAUGGGUGGUCUGGAUGCUGAGGUUGGGGAGAGAGGAAGAUCCUUCUCAGUGGGACAGAGACAGCUGCUGUGUCUGGCCAGAGCUCUGCUGACCCAGGCCAAGGUCCUUUGCAUUGAUGAAGCCACAGCCAGCGUGGAUCAGAAGACGGACAAACUGCUGCAACAGACCAUCCGAGAGAAGUUUCAGGACAUGACCGUCCUCACGAUUGCACACAGGAUCAACACCAUCAUGGACUGUGACAGGGUGCUGGUGAUGCAUGCUGGGAAGGUGGUGGAGUUUGACACCCCGGCUGCUCUCUGUCAAACUGACCACUCCAUCCUCCAAAGACUGGUCGGUCAGACAGGAGAAUGAGAGGACUUAAAAGACACUGGAAGGAAGGAAAAAAAUAUUUAUUUUUUUUAUAUUUUUUAGAACUCGCUGCCUAUUUUUCAGCACCGUCCUCCAUACACUUUUACGACUUUAACAGCACACACAUGAGUGUGUUCGCAGAGUGAAAAACUCUUCUACUGUUGGAGCAGAGGAGCGGGGAAUGCCUUGCUCCAGGGUUCUGUUUGGACUGGGAAGUGAUGAUAUGGAUUUGCAGAUCAUUUUCUUAUUUUGUGCUGACAUUUAGUUUCUCUUUAAUUGAUAAUUUCAAUGCUUAAAUAGCAUUAUUUGAAAUUGUCCUUAACAUCUAUCCAUUAUUUGUAACUGCUUUUCCUAUUCAGUCGGGGGUGGGGGCUGGAGCCGAUCCCAGCUGACAUGGAAAACUUGUUUAUGUACUGUAUACAUAAUGGCAGAGAACAAAUUACAGAAUAUAUAAGGGAAACUACCUUUUAGAGAAGAAUGUUUACUGAAUGUUAAUUUCCUUUUCCCGGGGGCACGGUCGCCAGUUCAUCACAGAGACAGACAACCAUUCAUGCUCACAUUCACACCUACGGGCAAUUUAA